AUGAGUACAUUUUGGGAGUGUGAGGAAGGAUGUACAACAACCAACUAUUCGGUGGAGGAAACCAAGUGUGAGGAACAUUAUCAGAAAACGGUAAAGCGGAUGGAAGAUGGUCGUUAUUCGGUGGGUUUGCCUAAAUCCAACGAAGUACUUGCACGCCUAGGAGAAUCAAAGGAAAUAGCACACCGCCGAUUGAUGCUGCUGGAACGAAGAUUAGCUCGAGAUGAAUCUCUUCGUAAGGAAUACCAUGCAUUUAUGGCCGAUUACUUGGACCGAGGACACAUGCGGAAGAUUGACGAGCACUCAACAGAGGUACCCGUUUCCUAUUAUCUUCCACAUCAUCCAGUCAUUAAGGACUCUAGCACCACCACUCGCGUUCGGGUGGUGUUUGAUGCAUCUUCCAAAUCAUCCACGGGAAUUUCCUUAAAUGACGUUCUGUUGAAUGGGCCAGUUAUCCAGGACGAAUUACGUACCAUCAUCAUGCGAGGUCGUUUCUACCGAAUCAUGCUUGUUGCGGAUGUCGAAAAAAUGUUUCGGCAAAUAUGGACUAACCAUAUCGAUGUUCCUCUGCAAAAUAUUCUGUUUCGCUUUUCCGUCGAAGAUCCCGUUCAGAUGUAUGAGUUGUUGACCGUUACUUACGGCACCAAACCUGUACCGUUUUUAGCUACACGAACCUUAAAGCAGCUGUCCAUGGAUGAAAUCAACAACUUUCCACUAGCAGCCAGAAGAAUGUCCAAGGACGUCUAUAUGGACGAUGUCAUCACUGAUGCAAACGACGUAGCUGAAGCAAGGAAAAUUCGGAUGGAGCUAGAUGAAAUGCUGCUGAAAGGUGGAUUCCGGUUGCGCAAAUGGGUUUCAAACAGCGAGGAAGCUUUGGAAGGGGUGGAUGAAUCCAAUUUGGCCAUUCCACGGGAGAAAGGCAUCAAUUUCGACCAAGAACAAACGCUCACUUUCUCAUCGGAUCGUCCCUCCAAGCGCUCCCAGAUCGUGAAUACAGCUCCGUCCCAAGCAAUCGGCUAUCUCAUUGGCAAGCGGUCCAACAACAGCUCCAACAGUUCUGGCGUCGAUGGCAAACCGAAUAUUUGA